UGAUGGGAGGUUGUUCGGAAUCGGAAGGUGGAAUUCGCACGCUACUUCGCUGUGACCUGCCGCUCUCAGGCUUUUGCCAACUUCUGCGGUAUUUUUCUAUGACGAGCUCGGGCGAAUUUGUAUCGAUAGUAGUAUGUCGAUCUGCCUCUUUUUUUUGUUGAGAACUUGCUUGGGACUUGCAGGAUGAACAUUGAAAUGUAUGAUUGCCGUCUGCGCGGGAAACACGAUCUGGGAGGUGUCGGUCAGCAAGGAUGCCGAGAGAGCAUGUAUUUCACUUGUCUCCCCCAUUGAGGCUAAAAUGAUUGCUAGUUCCAUUGAGGUGAGCUCAAGUCGCAUCGCGUCCACUGCAGCAAUUCACCUCUUGAGUUUCGUCAGAUCCAUCCCCGCGAAAUCCAUCUCUGUUGCUAUCGUGCGCUAUCGUACAAAAUUAACAGUUCCUCGGAAAGGUGUUUGCACUAGUUAUCUGUCAGGUCUUAAACCAGGUCCGCAUGGCGUGAUAGCGCAGUUCCUGAACAUGAAAUCACAUCUUAUCCCGGAGAUACCCUUCGCGUUGGUCUCAGAAAGGGCUUAAUUUCAUUCCCCUCCUAUGGAUCCAAGCAUGCCAAUCCUGUACGUUGGUUCAGAAGCAGGCAUUGCGCCUAUGCGUGCUGUCAUACGGUAUAUACGAGGGACACAAC